AUGUCAUAUUCGCUGUGCUCUUCUGCUGACUAUGAGGAACAGAGAAUUACAGACAUGUUCACACCUACAACUGCUGCUGUACCUGCUGCAACAGCCACUGUCACUACCACCAUUGAUGUUCCCAGCUCUGGUUUUCUUGAACCACCUUCACAAUCUCAAUAUUCAACUUUACCAUUUCAAUUUCAUCAAUUCUUUACUGAUGAUACACCUACUACCCUAGCUAUUCAACUCAAAAACCUUCAUUUGCCUACAUCGGAAGGUCGACUUCAAGUUCACACGUGUAUGAAUAUGAUCAAUUUCUUUGCUGAUAUUAAACAGAGUCUAAUCGAGUGUAUAUUGAUAAUUAAAUCUAUCCUUGAUGGUAAAACUGAGAAUGAAAUGUGGUUAAUAAGACUGCAACUAAAUAAAGCUGUGAUGAAUGGUGAAGUCUUUCAAGAAGUCAUUCAAUUGUUUGAUUAUAUUAUUUGUACAAACUUUGAUGAAGAUGGGAGGUCAAGCUUAUGGGAAAGUAGUGAAGGUGUUGAUCCCGAAGAGAGCGAACUGACUCAAUUGCAGGACAUUGGAAUGUUGGUUUCAAGGGAUUUGGCCACCAUGAAGAAUUUGGUUCGUGAUAUGGCUAUGGUGGCUAAGCAUCCUGUUUCUUGUACGUGUGGUAGAAAAGAAGUUAUUAAUGAGGUUGUUCAUGAAGACCAAGCCAUGGAAGAGGUCGAAGGAAAGGCUACCAUGAAAGUGGAGGACGAAAUUAUUGACGACUUUAUUGAACAGAUUGCUGUUUUAGAAGAGGAUGGAGAAGAUGCAACAGUUAAUGAGAAGGUUCGUGAGGUUGUUUCUGAGCAUGACAAAUUGAUCAGAGAGGAAGUGAAUGAAACUGUUUGCAAAGGGUUCGAAGGAGAUCAACCUGCUAUUGAAGAAGUUCCGGAAAAGAUUGACAAAGGGGAAUCCGAAGAAGUUGGAGAGGCUACCGAAGUUAAUUUUGCUGAUGUUUGUGAAAAAAUCGUUGUUGAAGCAGCUGAAAAUACCGUCGAUGAUGUAGAACAAAUCGAGCAGGUUGUUGAGGUAGUUGCUGAAAGGGUCACUAAUGACGAAUAUCAAGCAUUCAGUGGUCCAACUGAAUAG